UGCGACGCAAUGAUGUGUUCGUUGCUUGCAAAUGCGCGAAAUGGUGUGCAUCGCUUCUACGCUACAAGUGCUUUGGUGGUCGCUAUUGCUGGGUCUCUUGCUGGAGGCGGCCUUGCGCGCCUACGAGAUCCGGCUCUGGGCCAUUAAGGAUUAUGGUGCCAUUAUUCACGAAUUCGACCCGUGGUUCAACUACCGGGCAACUGAGUAUUUGGCAGAGCAUGGCUGGAAGAAGUUUUUCACGUGGUUUGACCAUCAGUCCUGGUAUCCCCUGGGGCGGCCCGUAGCUACGACAAUCUAUCCGGGGAUGCAGAUCACUGCAGUUUUUCUCUGGCGCCUCCUGCAAGAAGUCGAUAGCUCCUGGGAUUUGAACCACGUCUGUUGCUACAUGCCAGCAUGGUUUGGAGCUGUUUCUUCCGUCUUCGCAGGUCUGCUGGCCUCGGAAUCUGUCCGUGGUGAACGGCUGGACUUCAGCAGCGCAGUGGCUGGUGGCGUGGCGGCCCGAGCCAUGGCCGUGGUGCCGGCGCAUUUGUCGAGGUCAGUGGGAGGAGGCUUCGACAAUGAAUCGGUGGCCAUUUCUGCCAUGUGCUGCAGCUUUUUCUUCUGGUGCCGUGCCCUGCGCAAUGAGAGCAGUUGGCCCAUUGCGGCACUGGCUGGGUUGGCCUACAGCUACAUGGCGGCUUCCUGGGGAGGAUACAUCUUUGCCUUGAAUAUGAUCGGAUUGCAUGCCGGAAUCCUCACACUGUUUGGAUCUGCUGGCAAUCUCUAUGCAGCUUACAGCCUUUUCUUCGUGGUUGGAACGGUGGGUGCCAUGCAGGUGCCUGUGGUUUCAUGGACACCUCUGAGAUCAAUGGAGCAACUGGCACCCCUGGCCCUCUUCGGAGUGCUGCAGUUGGUUCAGGUUUACAAGUUGCUGCCGAAACAUCUCAAGCAGUUGCCAUUGGUGGCCCUUGGCGCCGUCGGAGUGGUGCUGGUUGGACUGCUGAUCCCCUCAGGCAUCUUCAGCCCCUUCUCAGCGCGCGUGGCCGCCCUCUUCGUGAAACACACCAAGACGGGCAAUCCGUUGGUGGAUUCAGUGGCGGAACAUCAGCCAGGGAGUGCCGAUGCUUAUUGGAACUACCUCGGCAAGUUGUGCCUCACUUCGCCCAUGGGUUUGGUGCCGCUGCUGCUGCGCCGAAGUGAUGGGGCCGUUUUUCUUGUGGCGUUGUUUUGGGUGACCUAUUUCUUCGCGCAGAAGAUGAGAAGGUUGAUUAUUUUCAUGGCGCUGCCGGCAUCGACCCUGACAGGUGCUGCUGCCAGUUUCCUUGCCGACUUUGCCAUUGCCAACGUUGGCACUGAGAUCGGCGCCACGCUCAACCGGCCGCCAGUGCGACUGCUACGGAUCCUGCUGGCGGCCUUGGCGUGCUAUGGACUCAUACCGCAGAUCGUGGAGUUUUUGGACUUCUGCGAGCAAAAGGCCCGGCGGACAUUGUCGCAUCCCCAAAUCGUGACCAAGGGGAAGGACGGAUCCCUGAUCGAUGACUACAGGCAAGCCUACACUUGGCUCAAAGACAACACCGCGGAAGAUGCCCGCGUGAUGGCCUGGUGGGACUAUGGCUAUCAGAUUGCGGGCAUCGCCAAUCGCACCACCAUUGCGGACGGCAACACCUGGAAUCAUGAGCACAUCGCCCUGCUGGGUUUGUGUUUAUCCUCUCCAUCCUCUGAAGCCCACAAGAUCGCCCGGCACCUGGCUGACUACGUCUUGGUCUGGGCUGGUGGAGGUGGUAAAGAUGAUGUGGGGAAGUCCAAACACAUGGCCCGGAUCGCCAAUUCGGUGUAUCCGGGCCAUUGCAACGAAGAGGAUUGUGAUCUCUACGGAGUGUUUUCAGAUGGCAAGCCCAGCAAGAUGAUGGAAGCCUCCCUGAUCUACCGCUUGUGCGGCCGCGGCGCCUUGGAUCCCCGGCACUUCCGCGAGGUCUUCGUGAGUCGACACCGCCGCGUGCGCAUCGCAGAGGUCCUGCAGGUGUCAGAGGAGUCACGCAGCUGGCGACAAAGGAACUGCGAUGCGCCUGGCAGCUGGUAUUGUCCUGGUGGCUACUCUCCCGGCCUUCUUGAGUUGUUUAAUCCCAACAGCACCGGCGAGGAAGCUUUGGAAUACCGCGAAGCUUACGCUGCCCGAGUACAAGAGCAAUGGAAGGAGAAGCCUCGGCCAAACCAGGAGGGAUUACCACCUGGUAGUUAUCUGGACUCCUGCCGUGGAUGUUCCAUGUCUGGCAAGACGCUGACGUGCACCCACUGCCGGCUACCGGGUUCGCCUUCCAUUCACUCUUCCUUAGAGCCAGAAAGCUGCCCCUUGCCGCAGAUCAACAACAUUCAAGGGCGCUUGCAAUGUGAGCCAAAGCCCAAUGCUCACAACAUCCCGCCCGGAGGAUAUCAACAAUCCUGCAAAGGUUGCGAGAUGAAGGGCAAUGGUGAGGAAACACUCUUCUGCAGCCAUUGUUCUUCAGCCUCUGGAAACCAGGUUCCAAGCAGCUUCGAGCCAAAGAAUUGCCCGAAGCCAGCGAAAUUGGACAACGACAACGGAAAGCUCGUGUGCAACGGAGUACCAAAUGAUGCGGCCUGUCCAGAUGGACCAUACCUGAAGUCUUGCCAGGGAUGCCAUCUGAGUUCGGGCUCGGUGGUCUGCCCCCUCUGCCGGCGCGCCGAUGGGCGGCAGAUGGAAGCCAGCCAUUCGAUGGAGACGUGCACUCGGCCAGCGCGACUGGAGAACCAGGAUGGUCGACUCGUUUGUAGCGGAGCACUUGAUGGACCUUACAAGAAGAGCUGUUCGCAAUGUCAACAGACCGGUGACUUCCUGACGUGCCAAUGUGCGCAGUCAACUGGGAAGUUCUUGGAAUCCUCCUACGACAUCUCCCGCUGCCGCAGCCCAGCAGAGCUGCAUAACUUGGAGGGAAGAUUGACCUGUCAAGGAGUACCCAAUGGCAGACGACUUCCGCAGGGCCCCUAUUUGGAGACCUGCCAAGGCUGUCAUCUAAUGAAGGAGAGCCUCACUUGCAGCCAUUGCCUCAAUGACGAGGGCCUGCAGGUGGAAAGUAGCAUGGAGGUGGCCAGCUGUGUGUCGCAGCAGCUGAAGCCUGAAAAUUUCAACGGCGUGCUUCGGUGCCUCCGGCUCUCCGCGGAAGUGGGCCGCCGCGGUGCCUGGCGAGGGGAGCUCCGUUCACCUGGGGCAAUGGAUCCGCAGGCGAUGCUGCAAGCCUUAGCGGCGCUGGAUGACCAGACGUUACUCGCUGUCAUCACUGGGACCUUGCAGAAACGACCAGAACUUGCACCUGGUGUGGUCAACGGUGCAGUGCCGGAUCUCACCUAUGCCCCAGCAGACUCGCUGACCAAGCGAAGGGCGACCGGACGGAUCCUACAAGUGAACUCCGGCAAUGGUGUGGGCUUCAUUGAUUGCCCUGAGUUGAAGGCUGUCUUUCAAACCGAUGUCUACGUGCACAAGAAUCAGGUGGGAGCGCUUCCCAUUGGCACCGAAGUGAAUUUUGCCAUCUUGCUUAGCAAGGACAUGAAGCCGCAGGCCUUUGAUUUGCAGCCCACAGGUGCUUCCCAAUUUAUGCGCUUGGAACUUAGACGACUUGACGACUUAGAUCUGUGCUGGCGGACUCCUGGACGAAUACUUGAGCAAGUCUUAGAGGCAGCUGAAUCUGAUGAAUUUAAUGCUGCGGUUUCGGCUUCUGAUGUUUCUUUCUUAGGUUGGAAGGCAUGUUUCAAAGUGACACAGACACAGAAAGAGUCGAUGGCUGACGAUGGCGCUUCUGCGGUGGUUGCCGAUGGCUACUGGUGUGCAACACUAGGUCCCUUGUUGCUGCUGAAACCUCCGGCGCUGUCGCCACACCUGGCUCCUGUGCCGGAGAAAUUGAUCCGACCCCUUGGAGCUGUCACGACCUUGUGGGGCACCCUGCUGCUGAACGAGCCCUUGAAGGGGCAGCUGGGACAGAAACGGGUGACCUCCUUGGUUUGUGGCAUCAACAGCGUGGCCAGUGUUGGCCUGGCAGCCCUCACUUUCAUGGCGCCGCAGCGGACACUGCUGGCUGCCCUGACUGUGCAAGUGGCAGGUUUCGCCGCGUGGCAGGCGAGGAGUGUAGUUUGCUGAGGAGAAAAAGUGAGUUGCGCAGUUGCACAGUUGCGCGGUGCAGGGCG